AAGAAGAAAGUUUACUUCCGCCUCGCUCCGGGGACGUAGCUUCCUUUCUUUCCGUGCUAACCACGAAGUGAACACGCGCUUCUCCGUCUGCUUCACUAUGCGUUACGUUGCUGCUUACCUCCUCGCUGCCCUGGGCGGAAACGAGAGCCCGGCGGCCGGUGACAUCAAGAAGAUCCUGGAGAGUGUUGGCAUCGAAGCUGAUGACACGCGGCUGGAGAAGGUGAUCUCUGAGCUCCAGGGCAAGAAUGUGAACGAUGUGAUUGCCAGCGGCUAUGGUAAGCUGGCCAGCAUGCCGGCAGGUGGAGCCGUAGCCGUUGCCAGCUCUGCAGCUGGUGGCGCAGGCGGAGACGCAGCUCCCGCUGCAGCUGAGGAGAAGAAGGAGGAGGAAAGAAGAGUCCGAGGAGUCUGAUGACGACAUGGGAUUCGGCCUGUUCGACUAAUCUGUUCAAAACAGGAAUAAAUGUUGUUUUAAAAAAAAA